UCCGUGCAGCCGCAGAGAGUGUGUCAAGUUACAGAGGCGCCGGAAUCUGUCCCAGCGCUCCUCGGCAGCGGCCACGACCCACCUCUGCCCAUGGGGCCCUCCAUGUGCGCCCCUGCACCCGGGGACUGAAACUGGCUCUCCCGGGAGAGGCAAGACAUCCAGAAGGACCGACAGCCCGGCACCAGCUGGAGGACUCUGCACACUCUUGAAGGGAAAGACAGGCGAGGGGCCGGCCAGAUUGCCCUCACUUUCCUGGACUUGGAGCGUUCUUCCAAAUAACUUUUUUCCUCACUUUGGUGUACCCCGAUUACCGCUGGUUGUGAUUUUCGGCUUUCCGCCUCCUACUGCUAAUUUUUCCGUCCUCUUUGCCGGAAGCAAAGGAAAGGGACGAUUUCCAGCAACACAAGCCCUUUCCCCCUGCCCCACAGUUUGGAUCGCGCCUUUCGGCAGCGGCUCUUACUUUUAUUUAUUCUAUUUAUUUAUUUAUUGGUUCUCAAGACGCGAGGGGAUGGUAGCGGAGCGAGCCCGCAAAGCGGCCACCGCCGCUGCCCGCGGCCCCGGGGAGCUGGGCGCUCCCGGGACUGUGGUGCUGGCGGCGGCGCGAGCCGAGCGCUGCGCGCGGCUGCCCAGCCCAGGGUCGUGCGGGUUGCUGGCGCUGACCCUCUGCUCGCUGGCGCUCAGCCUGCUCGCCCACUUUCGGACCGCGGAGCUACAGGCCCGGAUGCUGCGCUUGGAAGCAGAGCGAGGGGAGCAGCAAAUGGAGACGGCUAUUUUGGGACGAGUCAACCAACUGCUGGACGAGAAAUGGAAGCUCCACUCACGGAGGCGCCGGGAGGCCCCGAAGACGUCCCUAGGAUGUAACUGCCCGCCAGGACCUCCUGGCCCCACCGGAAGACCCGGGCUCCCAGGGGACAAAGGUGCCAUUGGGAUGCCUGGACGUGUGGGAGUGAAGGGCCAACCGGGCGAGAAGGGUGCCCCUGGAGACUCCGGGAUGUCCAUCAUCGGUCCCCGCGGCCCCCCUGGCCAGCCAGGCACGCGAGGCUUUCCUGGAUUCCCGGGUCCCAUUGGGCUGGACGGCAAGCCGGGCCAUCCCGGACCAAAAGGGGACACGGGCCUGGCGGGUCCCCGAGGACAGCCGGGACCCCCAGGACAGAAAGGAGAAAAGGGUCAGUGUGGCGAGUACCCACACCGGCUGCUGCCUCUCCUCAAUUCCGUGCGCCUGGCUCCACCCCCCGUCAUAAAAAGGCGGACCUUCCAGGGCGAACAGGGCCAGGCUGGCAUCCAAGGCCCACCCGGGCCACCAGGCCCCCCUGGACCAAGUGGACCUCUGGGACACCCAGGACUGCCAGGGCCCAUGGGGCCACCUGGCUUACCUGGGCCUCCUGGACCAAAGGGAGACCCGGGGAUCCAGGGCUACCAUGGCCGGAAGGGAGAACGGGGUAUGCCAGGGAUGCCGGGCAAGCACGGAGCCAAGGGGGCUCCUGGGAUCGCCGUGGCCGGGAUGAAGGGUGAGCCAGGGACCCCAGGAGCCAAGGGGACCCAGGAGCAGCAGGGGAACCUGGGGCCCCCAGGUUUACCCAGAAAGAGGGGGCAGUGGGGCGAGAAGGGGGCUGCCGGCUCCUCUGGGCUCCCCGGUCUUCUGGGACAGAAGGGAGAGAAAGGUGACGCUGGCAACUCCAUUGGAGGAGGCAGGGGCGAGCCCGGCCCCCCAGGGCUCCCUGGGCCCCCAGGGCCAAAGGGAGAAGUGGGAAUGGAUGGCCAGGCUGGCCCCCCCGGACGACAAGGAGACAAGGGGCAGCCCGGAGCCACUGGAGAACAGGGACCAGCUGGCCCCAAGGGCUCCAAGGGCGAACCAGGGAAGGGAGAGAUGGUGGACUACAACGGAAACCUCAACGAGGCUCUCCAGGAGAUCCGAACACUGGCCUUGAUGGGGCCUCCUGGUCUACCUGGGCAAAUAGGCCCCCCCGGAGCUCCAGGGACCCCAGGCCAGAAGGGGGAGAUUGGACUGCCAGGCCCUCCAGGACACGAUGGAGAAAAGGGACCUCGAGGCAAACCAGGAGACAUGGGCCCCCCUGGCCCCCAAGGACCCCCAGGAAAGGAUGGGUCUCCAGGAACGAAGGGAGAAAACGGAUCCCCAGGGAGCCCAGGAGAGAAGGGGGAGAAAGGGGAGACGGGCCCGGCAGGCUCUCCGGGAGAGAAAGGAGAAGCUGGAGAGAAGGGUGACCCAGGAGCAGAGGUUCCUGGGCCACCAGGGCCAGAGGGACCUCCUGGACCUCCGGGACUCCAAGGUGUUCCUGGACCAAAGGGAGAGGCAGGACUAGAUGGAGCCAAAGGAGAGAAGGGGGCCCAGGGAGAAAAAGGAGACCGAGGGCCUCUGGGCCUACCUGGAGCUUCAGGUUUGGACGGCAGGCCUGGGCCACCGGGUACCCCAGGACCAAUUGGAGUUCCAGGCCCAGCUGGACCAAAGGGCGAGAGGGGCAGCAAAGGAGACCCAGGGAUGACAGGACCAACGGGAGCAGCUGGGCUUCCUGGUUUACAUGGACCACCCGGGGACAAAGGGAACCGGGGGGAAAGGGGAAAGAAAGGAUCUAGGGGGCCUAAAGGGGAUAAGGGAGACCAAGGAGCACCUGGAUUAGAUGCCCCCUGUCCACUGGGUGAAGACGGCUUACCAGUCCAGGGCUGCUGGAACAAGUGAUGCCUCUAACCUUGGAUUGGCCUGUGUGUGUUUUGUACAUAGAAUAUUUAUUUUUAUACAGUUUUCACUUUUUGAAAAUGCCAGAAGUAUGAUGCAUCUUACAGAUUAUUAAAAAAAAAGAGAGAGCGAGAAACCUACAUAUUUUGUACAGAAAAUAACCCCUUCCCUUUUGUUUACAAAAUGUUUUGUAUAAGUCUGUGUCUCUAAUACACUUUCUGUUUGUGAGUACGGUCCUAAUGUUUGCAUGAUAUUUGUGCACACUUAUUAAGUUUCAAAGCUUAAUAAAUUAUCGUGUUUCAGUGCCAAAGGGGGCCAGCCAGCACUGAGGUGCUGCUAGCUCACGUGUGAAUUCACAUACACGUGGAGGUCCGUCAUGUUUGCCAGACUAGGUGUAUCUGAGAAUAUUGUAAACUCUUGUGGAUUUUCAUUAUUAAAAAGAAGAAAAAAGGAAACAUGGCAA